GACAAGGCAGACGGGUUCUCUCUCACACCUUUGACUGUUUCUGGGGGAAAGGCUGCCUUCAUACCUGAGAGAGAGACAGAGACACAGAGAUCGAGAUUAGAGAAAGGGACAGAGAGAGAGAGACACACACACACACAGAGGGAAGGCUUAACCGAGUGGACCCAGCGAGUCGACACCUCCAGCGUCCGCAGGGAGAGGACAGGAGGAGCGGGGUGGGAGGCUCGGCGAGUCAAGCCGCCCCCACUCCCCAACCCCGAUCCCCCGCGACCACCUUUUCCAAUGGCUCGCCCCUCCGCCGCCGCCACCCCAGCGAUGCUGCCGGCGAGCGGCUUCGGCUUCGGCUUCCCACCGCAGAAUUUCGCCCGGGUGGUGGUCUGGGAAUGGCUGAACGAGCACGGCCGCUGGAGACCGUACAGCGCGGGCGUGUGUCACCACAUCGAGAACAUCGUCAAGUGCAAUGCCAGGGGGAGUGUGGUGCUGGGCCAGGCGGAGGCACAGCUCUCCCCUUAUAUCAUUGACCUGCAGUCCAUGCACCAGUUCCGGCAAGACACAGGAACCAUGCGUCCAGUACGAAGAAACUUUUACGAUCCCUCCUCUGCUCCAGGAAAAGGGAUAGUGUGGGAAUGGGAAAAUGACAGCUGCUCCUGGACUCCGUAUGACAUGGACAUUUGUAUAACCAUUCAGAAUGCGUAUGAGAAACAGCAUCCUUGGUUAGACCUGACUUCUCUAGGAUUCUGUUACAUUAUUGACUUCAACAGUAUGUGUCAGAUGAACAGACAGACCCAGAGGAAGCGCCGACUGCGCCGGCGUAUGGACCUGGCCUAUCCUCUGACGAUGGGUUCGAUCCCUAAAUCCCAAUCCUGGCCUGUCGGUGCCCAGUCGGGUCAGCCUUGCAGCUGCCAGCAGUGCGUCCUGGUGAACAGCACCAGGGCAGCCUCCAAUGCCAUCCUGGCAUCCCAGCGGCGGAAAGUUUAUUCUGCCACCAACGGGACUCUUACUGUGCGCCAGAGCAGCUCCUACAGCGGCGCCGCUUUGUGGUCGACGGCCAGCACAACCGGGAGCACACCUCCAAAGUCGGAGCAGACCCGUUCUCCCACGACAACUCAACUGUCCCCAAUCUCCCAAAGCCAAAGCACCACCACAGCGACACCAAUACCAGGCCAGAACAACCUGAAUAGACCGGGUACCCAGAGGUCAGCAGUGGUCAGCACGAGGGCUUCAAUUCCUCCAGGUGUUCCUGCUCUCCCAGUGAAAAAUCUAAAUGGAUCUGGUCCUGUCCACCCAGCACUUGCAGGUAUGACUGGGAUUCUAAUGUGUGCAGCUGGUCUUCCAGUGUGUCUGACUCGGGCUCCCAAGCCGAUACUUCAUCCACCACCUGUUAACAAGAGUGAAAUCAAGCCAGUGCCGGGAAUAUCUGGUAUCUGCAGAAAAACUAAGAAGAAGCAUCUGAAAAAAGGAAAAUCCCCAGAGGACGUGGUGCGAAGGUAUAUGCAGAAGGUCAAGAAUCCGCCAGAUGAGGAUUGCACCAUCUGUAUGGAAAGGCUGGUCAGCUCAUCGGGCUACGAAGGUGUCAUGAGUCUGAAAGGAGUGAAACCGGAAUUGGUUGGAAAGCUCAGUAAAUGCAGUCACAUGUAUCAUCUCCUGUGUCUUGUGGCCAUGUACAACAAUGGCAAUAAGGAUGGCAGCCUGCAGUGCCCGACUUGCAAGGCCAUUUAUGGGGAGAAAACUGGAACACAGCCACCCGGGAAGAUGGAGUAUCAUGUGAUCCCACACUCACUGCCUGGAUACCCAGAAUUCAAAACUAUUCGCAUUGUCUAUGACAUCCCAGCAGGACUACAAGGUAUUGAACAUCCCAAUCAAGGAAAGAAGUUCACAGCCAGAGGCUUUCCACGACACUGCUAUCUGCCUGAUAAUGAGAAAGGCCGCAAGAUCCUGAAGCUCUUGAUUGUGGCAUGGGAUCGCAGGUUGAUUUUUACCAUUGGAACAUCCAACACCACUGGAGAAACGGAUACUGUAGUAUGGAAUGAAAUCCAUCAUAAAACAGAGUUUGGAUCAAAUUUAACUGGACACGGCUACCCAGAUCCUAACUAUUUGGAAAAUGUCCUUGCAGAGCUGUCUGCCCAAGGAGUCGUGGAAGACUGCAUAAAGGACUGAGAAGAGGACUUGAAGAACUAAUCAAUAAGAUUUUUGGACACAGAGUAUCUUACCCUGCAAAGUACAUUACUAGGGUUUAAAUAUGCUUUGCUUUACUGCCUUGACCACUACUUUGUUAAUGCCAGUUCAGGCUAGUUAAAACCAGACUGUGUUGGCCUGAUUCAGUUUACUGGUGGCAAAUUACAGUGAUAUACUGUGCAAGUUUGUGUCUGUUAUUCCUUAUGGAAAGACCUCCACAAUAUUAACAAUUAGAGACAGUUAAAACAAGAGAAAGCGAGGGCUGUUGCGCCGACAGUUAAUUGCACUGGUCAUUCCUUUAAAUAAGAACAGAAAUGUUUUCCAUUUGAUUGAAUCAUACACAGUGCACCUUCUGCUAUAACGUAGCUAACUGUGCACAGAGGCAAAAAAAAAGCGUCUGUUUAGUUGUCGGAAUGCUGGCAUCAGUCAACAUGUCGCUUCCUAGAAAUCAUAAAGCCGUACGUGAAACAUGCAGCAUUUUCGUAAAUAACCUGUGUACAUCUCUCAGGGAUGUCAGUCUUUUUGCUUGAGUGUGUCUCUGUAAAUAAUGUACAGUGGACAGAAGAAAGCAGAAAGUAGCUUUGCACGUGAAAACUGUAUGGCUUAAAAAGUGCCCAUUUUAUCUUAUUUUACCAUACGGACAGCAAAAUCAUAGAGCAUUUUAAAACCAUUUUGACUAAGGUGGUUUAAAUUUAAAGACACUGCUUAUCAAGCGUUGUUCAGAAAUAAAUAAGGGCUUGUUCUGUGUUAAAAUCUGUCUCGUUACACCAUUAGUCCAGCUAACUAUUAGUGUCCUGGUAGCCCACGUUGCAUGUCAGUAACAAUUAAUACAUAUGUCCUCAGUCGAGGUUGUUUAUUUAAAGUUAACUUUUGUAACUUUAGAUGUUGCUAUACUUCGUAGCCAAGUAUGUCACAGUCUUAACUGCAUCAAUUACGUCUACUGUGUUUUGUAGACUAUUAUGUCAAUGAAAUUGGCAGUGAAUGUACCAGAGGCCGAGACAUUUCCUUUUCAUUAAUGUGGAUUUUUCUGUUUUUAAUUUUAAAACAAUGACUCCAGUUCCACAUGCAACUCAAUGUACGUACUUAGCUGUCAGAUUAUGUGAAAAGAUUACUUCACAGUAGGGGGUGAUGGUGGUGUGGGGGCAGCAGGGAGUCCUGGGAUGUUGCUUUUAAGAGGAUCUCAAAAGACACAACAGCUAUACAAUCCAGCCCAACGGCAGACAUUGGAAAGUACUGGUGCCAAAUACAGUCACUUGAUCAGAAAAUGGAUGCGUACUGACAUUUGGGAUGGAUUCUUCUGUCAGACCGAGGUAGUGUAGAGUGGAAUGUUACAGAGCUAUGAACAGUUUACAAAUGGCAAUAGCUAUGGAAGUGUUCAAUAUUAUUCUGAUACAGCUGUCAAAUCCAUUGUGUUCACAGUCAUCGCUGGUGAACGUAAUGUACACCAAAUGCUGUUUCUGCAAGUUACAUUCUCGUUGCUGGCUUGUUUGACAUUCAAAUAUGAAAUCUAUUGCCCAAAAAAAAAAUUGAAGGGAAAGUAAAUGAUCUUAGUAGAGGUUAUUGACAUUUCCAUUGAGGUUAAGAGUCACAGUAGCUCAAAGGUGAGUAACAUGUACUCAAUAGCCUAGGUGUUUUGAAGGAUGCUGGGUAAAAUGGCAAUCUCUCCUGAAUUAAGACAAUUUUUGAAAAAAAAUGACAAUUGCUUUGUUGAUAAAAAUGUGCAAGCAAAACAAAGAAACAUUUAAUUCCUAAAGUGAAAAGAGAUGUUGGAGAGUUUCUAGUAAGCACACUAAUCUUGAAACUAAAUGACAAAGAGUUUUUUAUUAAUUUAAAUAGUUGCUCAAUAAUUUUCACCUGUAGGCAAAAGUGGAGCUGCUCAAUCUGUUCUCACAGCAAACCCCUGUCUGCUAGAGAAUGAUGUCCUCAUGUUCUAUUCUGAUGACACCAUUAUAAUCUUUGUCACACCCAAGAAGUGCCAUAGAAAUGCACUAAAAGACCAGCAAAUUCACUGCAUUUGAUUCUGCACAUAUGUCUGAAACCAUAAAAACUGUUAACUGCACGUAUGCUAAAUUUACCAGAGAAAUCAAUCUGGCAGCAUUAGAAUCAGCAGUGGUUGGUGCCAAUGGAACUACAAGCAAUAUUGCAUAUAACAGAUUUUGGAACAUUCACUUUUAUAUGGAAACAAAGACAUUAACAAAGCAAGUGUAAAUAGCAUAUUGAAUCCAGUGUAUUUUACAAAGUAGAAGGGCAAUACCCAUUAUAUAGACCUAGGCAGGUUCAAUUUAAAAGGUAUUAAAUUGAGCACAUAUAAUCAAAGCAAUCCCAGUGGUAUUGGAAAGUACAAGGUAUUUUGGUUAACUCACAUUUUGAAGGUUAAAUAUAAAUCACUGUUAUUUUAGAACCUUAAAUCUGAAGAUGUUAAGUUAGAAAGUGUGACAAAUGAUUUAUUUUGUUAUUAUAUUUACAUAACAAGUUGAAAUUGAGUCAGUGAUGAGGCCUAUUACAAAGUUGGCAAUAUCUCUUCUACUCAAGUGACCAAUGGGCUAUGAAUUUAAAUUCUCCUUUCUACUUUUGUGAGGAACAGCCAAUGAUUAGGCUAAAUAGAGAAGAUAUUUAUUAAAGGAUUAAAUUAAUUAAAAUUAGCCUUUAAAAUAAAAAGCAUAAAAAUAUAAGUCACCCAUGUAUUUUUUUUUAGAUUCAAACAAAUUAUAGGUAUAUUUGCCAAGCAAUUUAAUGAAUUUCAUUUCUGAUGAUAAGAAGUAAUACAUUUGUGAAGAGGGGUCUUAUAAUUGUCAGCACUUUGUAAGCCUAAAUAAGUUCCACAAGACAAAAAGCAUGCAUAAAGGUCCCAUCAUUUGCAGAGGAUUUCAUUACAUCCUAAACUUUAGCAUUAUUGUAUGGCUCUCUCACAAAUACUUCAAAUAUACAUUGACACUGAUGAGAAUUAAUCUGUUUGGUAUACUAAAAGAGCAACUUUGUAAGAAUGCAGAGAAAAAGGGAAAAUGCUGGAAAUCAUCCAAUGUGUGCCACUUUCUGUGGAGGCUGAUGAAGAUUAUUGGUCCGAAAGGUAAAAUUUGUUUCUCUCUGCACAGAGACUGCUUGAAAUGCUGAGUAUUUUCAGCAUUUUCUGUUUCUUAGGUUUUCAGCAUCAUUAGUGCUUUGUUCUUGGUUUUUGUAAAGCGCAGAUUCCAGCUUUGUUGUCUUUGGCUAGUUAAUGUUGUUUUUCCCUGGGAAAGCAAGUUGUACUGGUCGUUGACACAUAACACUAAUUAAGAAAUUGGGGAAAGACGUAGUUUGCUCUCGAGUGAUGAAUUAUUCUUGUUGUUACCUUCCCAAUUAGUACAGUGUCAUCAAUAUUCCACUGAGCCUCUUGCCUGGAAGCUACUCACAAUUUGCCAGGAAUAACUUAGCAGUAAAACAGACAGAGCAGUAAGAUGAUAGGAAAUUGUGGUUGAUUUUCCAUUAGUGCAUUUUGUAAAACUCAUUAAUUUUCUAGUGUUACAUUUUAUUUGCCAUUUUCUCUAUCAUUUUAGUCAGUGUUGUUUGACACAACUUGUUGCCACCUUGAAACUUUGCAGUGUAGAUUCCUUAAUUCCCUACCAUCCCCAUACGUUUGUGUUCAAAAUCAAGGUGAGUUACUAAAACAAAAACCGAAAGAAUUGCAGAUGCUAGAAAUCAGAAACAAAAACUUGCAACAGCUCAGCAGGUCAGGCAGCAUCAGUGGAGAGAAAUUAGAGUUAAUGUUUCGGGUCCAGUGACCCUUCCUCAGAACACGAAAAAUGAACUUAAGUAACGCUGAGAUAAACAGCCAAUCAGCAAUUUGUAAAAUUUCAGACCUAGCAUCAGUCUGCAGUAUUCAAUCAGCCUUGAUCAAAUUGAAUGUCAUGGGGAGCUCAAUGGCUUCUUCCUAUUCCAAUACUAGCAUCCAUUGGCCUAAUCUUAAACCAACGAACUGUGCAGAAAAGCCACAGGAUAAGGUGGAACAUUGUUGCUAAAUCAAUGUUGACUUCAAUAUAAAGUCAACCAAGGUGUGAAAUGUGUUGAAUCAGACAUUGUCAGUUAACUAAAGGAUAGAUGGAUUCAAAAUUACCGCUAUGUGACUGUGUAGGAUAAUGGUCAUGGAUGUAACAUUGAGUUCAACUUUAGUCACAAAUGUUUCAUUUUAGGAAAAUUGUUGUGAAAUAAAAGUUAAUUAUGUUGAAAGGAAAAUGAUAAAUCAAAGGUAGCUGGAAGGAAAGAAACAGAAAAUCAGGAUUGAAAUGUAGCCAUUCACUUCGAUCUUUACAUUUGUCACAUUAAAGUGAAAGACAAUAAACACAAAGUUGGAAGCCUUUGCCUUUGGAACACAUUUUGUCAGAAGUUCCAGAUUUUUAAAUGGGGCCUAGUUUCUGGAGAAGGUCUUAGAUCUUCAGCCUUCUUUACAACUCCCACGUUUUUCGUUUUCUUGCGAGCAAACAAGAAAACCAACAGGACUCUUAACAGUCUGAUAUAGUGCCAUUGUAGCUAAACAUAGAUACUGUCACAUUUAUUGCCUGCAUAUAUUUGCCUUACGUGGCAUAGCUAUUGUAAAUGGCAUUGGGAGUUCUAGGCUAUUUCAAUAACCAGGCAAGUGUUUCUCACAAAUCUGGUUGCUGCACAACCCUUAUAAGAAAGGGAGCUUUAAAGAUCCAGGCAGAAAUUACUGCUAUGAUUAUAGAUUAUGUGACAUGGCUACUCUUUAAUCAACAGUACAAAAAUAUUCUCUAGAAAUGAAGAAAAGUAUGUCAAAAUUUGAAAUGGGAAUGAAUAGCAUAAAAUAAAGACUUUAAUUCAACAUAAACUUACAAAGCCACUCGAUGUGGAUUCAAUGAAUCACAGCUUAUAUGAUUUAUUCAUCCAGAGAAAUCUGGUUGGAGCCCUUGAGCCAAGUGUAAAUGUUUUUACUGUUACUUUAAUAAACUGAACUUUAUACUCAAUAUGUGAACAACAAUGUUAAAUAUCACACUUGUUUUGAUGCCAUUGAGACAUUUAUGAUAUAUUUUACACUUUGAAGGAAACAAUGCAUCCUAGGUUCUAAAUAAGAUAUCAAAUAUGAGUAGCAUUAUAAAAAGACAAGUUUAUUGAAGUGGGUUCAAAUAACUAGUCAAUAUAUCCAUGCAAUAUAUUUUUAAAUUAUGUUAAAAUGAAAGUGUUCCUUGAAGAAUAAUGGGUGCCCUAAGCAUAUUGCUGUGAGGUACAUUAAAAAUUUCACUGAAUUUGAAUGCCGAACAUCUAACUUUAAACUCAGCCACUUCGGAUUUUGUGGAGAUAAACCCUAUCUGAUUCAUAUAUAACUCCAGAUUAUGUAAAGUGCUUCACAUUUGAAAAGAAUGAGACAUGUAAAUAUUUGUGUCCUGUUCUAGUUUUGAGGAGAGAUUGCCUUGGGGGAAAUGUGAUGUGUUGUGUUAUAUUUCAUGCAAUCUGCACAAUAUUGAUGUAGAUUUUGAUACUGCAAAAUGCGAUAUGGAUCACGGAUUCUUUCUUCCAUGACUAUGUCUUGUGUUGUUAUUUACUCACCAGCUCAUCUUGAAUUUAUGUAAUGAACUCAUACAAUAUGUAUAAACUAU